CGAACCCGGGUCUUCAAACUAACAAACGAACGCUUUAACCACUUGCCUAUCCCAUUACCCUCAUACCAAAGAUGUUAAACUAAGGUAUUCAUUGUUAACUUGGCCGGUUUUUGGCAUUGAGAACGAAUGAUGUAAUCUUCAGAUAUUUGCAACAAUGCGUUCUCAUGUCGUCACGUUGCUAUGGGUGUCUUCACCAACAAUAAAAAUAUGGAAAAUACCUGCAAAAUAGUCAGAAUGCUCAAUGAGAAAUGCUGAAAAUAUUUACAUAUUUACACUCGAUCUUUCAACCCGCAUCAAUCACUUGAAAAUCAAACCGUGGAUUGAACAGCGUCCGGACAUGCUAUAAAGGGACAUAACUGCGUAUGGACAAAUCGCUACGAUAAACGAACUUUGCAUCAGCCGAAGUGUCGGCGCCGAAGACAACGGGAACCAGGCUGACUGCAUCUACAGUGAGAAGAUAAUACUUCCGCACUGUCGUUCCGUCCUCUUGGAUGUCCUGAUAUUCCUCUCUCAUGACAGCUGGUGUCUAUUUUAUGAAAAAACGGAUACACAUGGUUGACGACCACGAAAUUCGCUCACCUGAACAUGACGCAUGCAAUAACGAGAGCCUGCUAUUCACAAGCUCGUCGGGCUUGUGUGGGAUGUGUUCGUUUCAGAUACUCCACGGAAGUAGGCAAAGGGCGCGACGAUUUCGCGUCUGCAAAACCAUUCAAUGACAUCCCUUUUAAGAAAGGAUACCCUGUCAUAAACAAUAUGCUCGAAUUUGCUGGAAAAUACGGGAAGAUGCAUGAAUUGAUAUGGUCUCGUCAUCAGCAGCUUGGACCGAUAUUCAGAGAAAAGUUGGGCGUACUGGACAGUGUUAUGAUUACCGAUGUGGAGGCUAUAGGCGAUUUCCUGCGCCAAGAAGGAAAGUAUCCAAUGCGGACCAAGGUUCCUGUAUGGAGUCAGUACAGAAAACAGGCUGGGGAGGCUGAGGGAAUAUUUAUAGCUGACAGCGAGGACUGGCAACGCAUGCGCAGUGUGGUAGACAAACCGUUGUUGAAGAUCAAGACAGUCGAGAGCUACGCUGACACUUUUAACAUUAUAACCACCGAAUUUCUGGACCGAUUGGCGAGGCUCAGAGGCCCUGAUGGGGUUGUGGAAAACAUCGACGUGGAGCUCUUCAACUGGUCACUUGAAAAUCCCUUCUUUUUAAGAAGAGAGUAUUACCCCCCAACGCUGGCCAAGAUCUUCCGGCCUCUCCGGUACAGGGCUUUCACCCGAUCCACGGAUACUCUGUUCCGUGUAGCUCGACAGUGCGUGGACGAAGCUCUGGUUGAACUGAAGUCUAAGACCGUGAGCGAGGAGGAGGUUGGGUUCCUAGAGUACCUGCUACUGAAAGACACAAUUUCCAAAAAGGAAAUCUACGCCAACGUCACAGAGUUAAUGAGCGCUGCAGUCGACACGACCUCAAACACCGUUCAGUUCAUGCUGUAUGAGGUCGCCAAGAACCCGGAUGUUCAGAAAAAGCUGAGAGAGGAACUGGAGAGGUCGGUGCCCCCCGGAGAAAUCCCCACCCCCGUACAUCUCAGGAAUAUGCCCUACCUGAAGGCAGUUAUCAAAGAAACGCUCAGGUUGUACCCAGUCGGGAGUUACGUUGGUAGAAUCAACCAGCAUGAUAUUGUCAUAUUGGGAUAUCAGGUGCCGAAAGGGAAAAAUGUGGUUGUGUCGUUGCAUGCGGUGGGCCGGUCGCCCUCACUGUACGAUGAAGCAGACACCUUCCGACCUGAGCGCUGGAUGAGAGAAAUGAGAGAAGCCAGUGAUAAACCUGCUGCGUUCUCCCAUAUACCAUUUGGCUUUGGACAAAGGAUGUGUGUCGGUCGACGUGUUGCGGAACUGGAAAUGCAGCUCUUGAUGGCGCAGAUGUUACAGCGAUUUGACCUGAAGCCAAGUGGUCAGCCGCCUCCGGACAUUGUCCAGUUUGUGAUCACCAGGCCGAAGGAUCCAGUGAGAGUCAAACUGGUCGAUCGGCCAUCUCGUUAGAGUUAUGUUAUAUGAUAUACUGAUGACUAUGACAUGAAGUAAGACACCACUUUAUAUCGUGCAUCGUUUCCUUACCUAUACUUCGUGAUAAGUAUCGUAUCAUGACCUAUAUAUCGUGAUACGCAUCGUUUCCUUACCUCAACAUCGUGAUAAGUAUCGUAUCAUGACCUAUAUAUCGUGAUACGCAUCGUUUCCUUACCUCAGCAUCGUGAUAAGUAUCGUAUCAUGACCUAUAUAUCGUGAUAUGUGUCGUAUCGGUUCAUGCCUAAUACACACAGGAAAGAGUUGAGCAUAACGUUAUGUUCGACAAAUAUGCUGCUGGUCCACAAGAUAAAUACCACUGAACGUUAUUCUGGACCAGGGCCUAUAUUUUCGAAGCUCUCUUAGCGCUAAGAUAGUCGUAAGUUAAUGUAUGGCACUUACGACUAUCUAAGCGCUAAGAGAACUUCGAAAAUCUAGGCCCAGGAAAUUCUCAAUGCGAGGGUACUUCAACUAGCCGGUAACAUACUAUGUUGUAAGUUCUAAUACCAAAGGCUAGGGGCUUGCACCUUCCAGUAACUCAGGUCAAAUAAUCCGUAAUUAAUCGUGGCUCGUUUAUUAUUCUCUUAAUCCUCGACAUCACCGCAAUCAAGUUAUGGUAUGCGACGCCAGAGGUCGCUAUAAUGAUAUGAAUAGCGAAUGAGUGAAUAUAUUAUUUGUUUUCCGUGAUGGUUGAUUCAGACAAUGUGUGUCCAUUAAACUAGAGUAUUGAACAUCACAGUGAGUCUGUUGCACAUAUGUCAUUGUUCGGGGUGAUAUUGUCAGCAUGAGCUAUGCUUAUCAAAAUAUCUGGGUCCCGUUCACAAAGCCUUCGUAGCCCUACGGCUUUCGUAAGCCUAUGAUAAACUAUAGAGUUACGACAGGUCGUAACGUUACGAACGCUUCGUGGAUCGGAACCCUGGCCCCCUAUUCUCGAAACGCUAGUAGCUCUACGAACGUUUCCAGAAUAGGCACGCUGAUUCGAAAA